CUCAAAUCCAUGUCCUCCUCCUCUCUUCCAAUAACGUUCUCAUCCCACCAUGAAAUUUUCUGAACCACUCGCCAAUCCAUUCUCUUCGUUUCUAUGGCUUCCUUGAUCUUCAGCUUCAUCUUGUUCUUGUCUUCUUGCCUCAUCCCUAUUCAUUCACUCUCCACAGUAUCGAUCUCUGAAACUUCCAAUAAUCAGACACUAAUUUGUUCUCUGACCCAGCAACAAUCUUUCCUCAACUGUACUAGUUUUCCGAGUGGGAUUAGAAUUCCUGUGAGCACAGACACUUCAUUUACUGGCUUGGUUGGUGGGUAUGGCUUUUUAUGUGCUUUGCGGUCGGGGUCCUCAUCUUCUUCAUCAGUCAUGACUUGCUGGAGGUUCUCUGCCAAUGGGAAUAACAUGUCCACUAAGCGAAUUUAUACCGGUCCGGCCCUCAAGGAACUCAGAGCAGGAAACUCCAGUGUUUGCGGCCUAGUUGAUGGGACUAAUCGCCUCCAAUGCUGGCAGUGGCAUGGGUUCAAUUCAAAUACAAGUCACAGCAACUUCUCGAAGAGCAUCGCAGUGGGAGACAAAUUUGUCUGCGGAGUUUCAGAAAUCGGAGAGGUAACUUGCACUGGAAGUAAUACCAAAGUGAUUGAUACAAAGCAUAUAAGGGGUAAUUACAGUCAUGUAAGUGCAGGGACUAAUUAUGCUUGUGCAAUCUCAUGGAGUAAUGGUAGUUUGGAUUGUUGGGGAGAAAUGAAGGGUGACAAACCACAAGGGAAGUUUACUUCCCUGGCCUUGGGCGACAACCGAAGCUGUGGCCUGAGGCCUAAUGGAACAGUUGUUUGUUGGGGGGAAGAUGGCUUCAGUUUGCCUCAAAGUUUAAGAGAGACUUCCUUCACCUCAAUCGAAGCAAAAAGCAGCGUUUUCUGCGGGGUCUUGUCGAAGAAUUUUUCCUUGUAUUGCUGGGGAAACCAAGUGUUUGAUACCCAAGACAAUUUCUUGGUCUUCAGUGCUGUGAAGCCAGGGCCAUGUAGAAGAGACUGCCCAUUGCAUAGCUCUCUAUUACCAGGCUAUGGCAACUUUUGUGAACAAGGAUAUGUAGUUUGUCAACCUUGUGAGUGGACAACUAUAGUAGUUCAAUCAGUGCCGGGGCCAACACCGCAACCACCGAGGGAGUCUAAGUGGAGCAAGAAAAUGGUUGCUUUUCUUGUAGUGGGUUGUGUUGGGUCCUCAGCUUUCUUGUUGGUUUGUGGCUACUUUGUGUUCAAGAAUUGCCAAAUUAGAGGUUCCAGAAUCCAUGACUCGGGUCGAUUGGAUGAUAUCGAGAGCCAAGCUAAUCAGCCUGGUUCAGGGCAACUCCAAAGCCAACGAGCUCAACAACCACCAGUGUUGGAGAAGCGGCUAAGCCACUUGAUUAGCCUGGGAGCCAAUGGAGGUUCAUUGGAGGAAUUUUCGUUGCCAGUGCUACUAGAGGCCACCAACAACUUCUCAGAAGAACACAAGAUUGGGACAGGCAGCUAUGGCUCAGUCUACUAUGCCACAUUAGAUGAUGGCAACCGUGAAGUGGCCAUCAAGCGUGCCGAAUCAUCAGCGUCCUCAUCAUCUGUUGGCGGGCACACUAGGCGCCAAGAGGACAAUGACAGUGCAUUUGUGAAUGAGCUUGAGUCUCUAUCACGCCUACACCACAAGAAUCUAGUUCGAUUGUUGGGGUUUUACGAAGACGCAAAAGAGAGAAUAUUGGUGUAUGAGUACAUGAACAAUGGUUCCCUUCACGACCAUCUCCACAAGAUCACAAUUUCCCCUCUAAUGUCAUGGUCCGCACGCAUUCAAGUGGCACUUGACGCGGCCAGAGGCAUCGAAUACCUCCACAUGUACGCAGUCCCGCCAAUCAUACACCGCGACAUCAAGUCAUCCAACAUAUUGUUGGACGACAAGUGGAGAGCCAAGGUGUCUGAUUUUGGCCUAUCUUUGAUGGGUCCCGGGGAAGACGAGUGCUACUUGCCGCAGCGUGCGGCUGGCACAUUUGGUUACAUGGACCCUGAGUAUUAUAGGCUGCAACAACUGACCACGAAAAGUGACGUGUACAGUUUCGGGGUAGUGUUGCUCGAGUUGCUGUCGGGGUAUAGCGCGAUUCAUAAAAAUGAGAACGGGGUGCCAAGAAAUGUGGUGGAUUUCGUAAUACCGUAUAUUGUAAAUGAUGAAAUUCACAGGAUUUUGGACCCCAAGGUGCCGCCACCGACGCCAUUUGAAAUAGAGGCCGUGGCGUAUGUGGGUUACUUAGCAGCAGACUGUGUGAGCCUAGAGGGCAGAGAUAGGCCUUCCAUGACUGAGAUUGCAAGCAACUUGGAAAGAGCUUUAGCUUAUUGUUUGGCAUCGCCACCAAGUUCAAGAACCGAGUCUUUGACUUAGACUCGGUUGAGAGCCAAGACACGGUCAACUUUUGUAGAGCAAACCAUUUUUUCUAUUUUCUUUGUGCACAUAUUGGACUUUUUUUUCUCCCUAUUCUUUUUGGGUUUUGCUGACUAGUCAAGGCAAUAAUUGUUUGAAAAUGUGAGAGCCACAGAAACCAUUGUAUAGUGAUUAGCAGCAGCAACCAUGGAGUUUCCUCAACUUAUAAUAUUCUUUUCUUAAUUUCUGCCAAAGAAAUUAUCCCGUCUUCAA